GUCCUGUAUUGUGUGUGGUUUGACACUGAUGAAAAAACUCCCCCAACGUCUGGCACUUGAACAAAAUCCAUCACAUACCAUCAGAAGACCAGGACGGAUCUUUUGGUGUGGACACUUUAGUAUAAGUAGUCGAGGUAAAGGAGCUAUUUUUUUCCCUGCAAGUGAGCCAGCUGUAUCUUCAUGGACCCCAACUAUUCCGCGGGCGCCCCAACGGUGGAGGGAUCUGGAGAGAAGUCCUCCAUGGGUCAGGCUGCCCCUCCACCCUACCAAGCGAACCCCGCUGCCUGGGCCCCUCAGCCCGGCCCUGGAUACCCACCACAGUCCGGCCCUGGAUACCCACCACAGCCACAGGUAAAAAGGUCCUUAGAGAUAAAACACAUUUAUUCAUUAAUAAUCCCCGUGUGGGAAAUAACGGGAUGCAUCCUGGUCAUACAGUUUUCUUGUUUGUUUGUUUUUGUUUGUUUGUUUGUUUGUUUGUUUGUCUUCCUCAUUCACAUUACAUUUACAACUAUGAUAGAAAAAAAAAAUUAUAUUUAGUCGAUUUAUUUCGUCUGAAAUACUAAACACUAAAUGCAAAUCAUGACAAUGUGGGAAAGAGUUUUUUUUUCUACAGUCAUAGUCCUGCAUCAAUUAUUGGGUCUUUAAGGAACUCUGUGUUCCUUUUUUAUCUCGGAGGUAACCUUCCUGUUUUUAACAAAUACAAGCACCAUUGACAGACCAUUUAUUAAGUGGGGGUUUUUAUGAUAGGGUUUUAAAUGUGCCUCAAGGAUGAAAUCCUACAAAAACUCAAAUAAUACAUAUCAUACAAUACUAGUUACAGUUAAUGGUAGGAAACUGCUGCUACAUUUUGAUUAAAAGAAUGCAUCUAAUCAUGUGUUGAAAGAUAUUUACACCAGUUGCUAUUUUGUGAAGCACUGCUUCCUGAGAACUCCCUACACGGCCUUAUCACUGACAACUUCUGUGAGGGACCAAAUUUUGUCGUUGUAGAUUAGGUCCUUAUCAGUCUAUAUUCCUAAUAUGAGCUUUAAGAAACUGCGGUUUUUGUGCUACCCUUUUACUUCUGAGUUAAAAGCUUACAACGGAUGUCCCAUGUUUUCAGGUCAGUUUCACUUCCUCUCUUUUCACUGAGUCAAUGGUGGCACGAUACAACCCCAUUCCCAGAAGUGUUUGGGUGUUGUGUAACGGAUUACAGGUUUUUUUUCAGUGGCUAACAAGUGUUUUUGUCCGACCAGUUGUCACAUUUUCAAAAGUGUUAACACAAUUAGCACAACAUCGGUCUUUUGUGGCCAUACCAAUCACACAUUUCAUGUUGUUUCACACAAUAUGCAGUCAGUGAACACAUUUCCACAAUGCUUACAUUAGCAAAUAUUCCAAACCUUAGAUACAGUAUAAAAACCUCUGCUUCUACAAUGAUAUCAGUUCAAAAACAAUAAACCUCAGCUGAUAAUAAUCAAACAAUUAAUUAAUUGACACACACCUGAUUUAUCUUGGGUAAAUUGGUGGCAACCACAGCUGAUUCCAGUCUGGCUUGGACUCAGUGGCCCCGUUUACAUGGGUAGUUUUCCUCAAUCUGAUUGAAAUCAAUCGGAUUAAGUGAAUCUGGUUCCAUCUGUAUACAUGAACUUUAAGUAAAGAGAUCCACGUUCAGUCCGCGUUUUCAUGGCCCCAGCUGAAUCCAGUUGUAUUGUAUUGUAUCAAUGGGAAUUGUUAAUAGGAACCAUUGUUUUAGUUCCGUUUUAGAGUUUCGCGCGGACGUGUUUGUGUGUGACACCGCCGGAGUUACCAGACCGAACAGAGUAAGGAACCCUAUGUGUUGAAGUUUAAUAAAAGUAUAAUCCAGCCGGGUUACACAGCAAAGUAGCACGAAACAACACACUUUCACACUCCACCUUCCAGUUGUUCUGUUUGUUCGCCAUGUUUCGUUUGGGCGCGCUCUGCGUACGUCACUACGUGCCUCUUACGUACUACCGAGCGCCUGCGCAGACCGAACAAGCCUCUCUGUAAACCCAAUCCGCUCCACUCAGCCGUGGAGCGGAUUAUCAAUCGGUGUAGACUACCUUUUACAAUCCGACCCGAAAUACAAUCAGAUCCGGGUGAUUAAGAUUGGCUAAGGUGUUUAUAUGAGACAUUUUGAAUCUGAUUGACCUUUCAAUCUGAUUAAAUAGGAUUUUUGGACCCAUGUAAAUGGGGCCAGUGGCAGGGGUUAAAAGGAGGACUUUGAGGAGCGAUCCUUAGAAACAGGAAAAGACAAACACUGUAAUGUCGUGAUGAGGAAGAGUGAGAGCAAGGGGCCCCGGGAGAAGAGCAGGCCCAGUGAGAGAUGCAAUGAGAGGAGCAGGUGAAGGAUAUUCUGUUCACUGUAAGCAAUACUGUAAAACAUUUUCUGUUAUAUCAUAUUACUUUUUACUGGAAUGCUUUUGAAUGUGAACAUUACAUAUGGACAUACAGUUCCCAACUAAGAAAUUAAGUGUGAAAAUGGUGGAUUGCAUGUUUUGCAUGCAAAUUCCUGUAAAACUGAAACAUAAAUGUCUAUGCAGUCUGUGUAAUGUCAGCAAUAGCCAGUAGUUUGAAACCUGGUGUACUUUGAUUGAUUGCAUGUACCUUGUGAAGUGAAAACAAGUAUUAUUCUUCGACAGAAUAAUUUCAUUUUGAGUCAGAUUUCCAGUGUUUUGGUAAAGUUAGUGUGUGUAGAGAAAGAUGUGUUCUAGUUUGAAAUGGAGAGUUAGUAUAUAUUUAGCAAAGUGUGUUUUUGAGAAGAAAAUUAUCCAUUUGGCCAAUUGUGUUUUGUAGGUGUGAGUCUAAGAGUUUAGAAAAAGUAUCUGAAGUAUGGGUAAGCGCUUGUUAGCGGAAAAAAAAAACUAAAAAUAAACUCAUGAAGAAUAUAUUAUUUUUUGAAUUUGAUGUCAGCUACAUGCUCAAAAAUAGUUGACAAAAAUAUUUACUGUUACGUUACAUCACUUUUUCUUUAACAGAACGUUUGGGUGCUAAAGAGACCAGUUUCUGGAGUCCUGAGAGCGAAAUGUUGUCCUACCUUUGUCUUGUAUAAUUUUCCACCACUCAACAGUUCAGGGUCAUAAUCUUUGUGUUAUUAUGCACCAAAUUUUGUUAACCAUGACUGCAGGUAGGUCAGUGUAGCACAUGGGCCUCUUCUAUUACACAACCUGCAUUUGUGAAUGCCAGUAAACUGUGUUUAUUGGGGCUGUUUGAAGCCAUGUGUUGCCCGUAAAGUGAUUUCCAUUGGAAGGUCACGUCUGUUUUAAAGCAGCUCUACCUGAAGGCCAAAAGGCCAUCAAGUGUUGGUUUCAGGCCUUGUCUCUUUUGUAUCAAGAUGUCUCCUGAUUCUCUGAGUUGUUAAGUGACAUGAUGUACUUUGAUUGUUCAACUCCUCAGGUUCUUUGUAGUUUUAUGUUAAAAUGUAUUCUGCUGCUUAACUAUUUCCUCACCCAGCCUUUACAGACUGUUGGGCCUCUACUCAUCUUUACUUCUGGGUUACUCACCCUCUCUAGGUUUGCCCCUUUCACACACAGUCAUAUUACUCACCUGAUACAAAUUAACCAAAUUAGUUGAGAGAUAUUUCUCCACAAACAGACUUCAAAUAACCUUUGAAUUCUAUUUUUAUCAACAUUUCACUCAGCGUCACAGCUCUUAGCUCUAUUCUUAGGGAAUAGAAGUUAUACACACCCUCAAAGGUAUUUCUCAAUCAGUUGAUUCCACUUUGCACACCUGUUAGGUUUUGUUUUGAGUAUGAUGAGUAACUCAUGUGUGGCACCUGCAGGGUUAUGGAGCCCCGCCCCAGCAGUAUGGAGCUCCAGGAUAUGGACAACAGCCAUACCCCGCAGGUCAGCCGUACCCAGGCCAGACCGUUGUCGUCCAACCAAAACAUUAUGUGGUCCCUACCCCACUGCAAAACCCGGUCAACGACUACUUAGCUUACUCCAUCUUCACCAUGCUCUGCUGCUGCCUGCCGCUGGGGAUUGCUGCCCUCAUCUACUCCAUCACAGUGAGUUUAAUGACAUUUUUUUUCUAAAUAGAUUAAAGUACAGAGUCUCUGUUGACUUCUCUGAACCAGAUCCAGUCAUCCUGUCGGGUCAUACUACAGUUGUUUUCAAGUAAUAACUGUACAGUAAGUACAGUAAUCUGUAUGUAUGCACCAUCACAUUAAACUCGACCUGUAUGUUACUGUAUAAGAAGCUUUCUGGACAUAGAUAGAGUUGGAUGGUGGUAUUGUUGUAGCUGAGUGAUUGAUUGAUUACACAACAAGCAAUAAUGAAAUCUAGAGCUGUAUCUUUAUCGUUAUGGCUACAAUUGUGAAGAACAAAUACAGAGUUCAAUGUCUCUGCAAAUCAUUGGGUUUUUAUCAGAUAAGAUAAGAAGCACUUUAUUCAUCCCCGAAGGGAAAUUCAAUUUUUAUUCACUUUGUCCUAACUUCAUUACAGUUGGGGUUUGUGGAAGGAAAAGCAGCAGUAGUGGUUGAAAUAAACUCAGGAAAACAGUGUGCUUUAUAUCAUCUGUUUUUUAUUUUUUAACAAAAACAUAAUGUUAUUUGGAUUGAAAAGAAGUCAUCACACAACAACCAGACAAACAACUCCACUUUUUCAAAAUAUCAGUACUUCAAAUAUCAUCUCCAGUACGAGCUAUGAAUAAGAACUUGAUGAAGUGUUAGGUAUGACCGUUAAUUAAUGGCAUAUGUUUGAAAUAUGUAACAAAACAUUAAGACUACAUGAACUUCUACCUUUGGUGCCACAGUGGUAUGCAAAAUCCUCUUUUGUAAAUAUUUAUUUAAGAGACAAAAUCUUUUCAUAGACAAACAAGAACAUUGUAAUGUUGGCCUCUGGUAUGAGUUCCACUUUGUCAACACUGAUGUUCAAUAUCAGUUAGUUCACUUGGUAGUGAUGGAGGAGGCAAUAAGAGAAGUCAUUUGGGGGUCAGUGUACGAAGCAUAGACCGUAUAUACAAUGGACGCUGUCUGCCUCCUCACUGGGUGAAGCCACCGUGAGAACAGCACCCUCUGGUGACGGGCUGCUGUAUAGGUCAUAAAUCCCACCUCCUCCAGCAAUUCCUAAGUUAUUAGGGGAUUCGUGUUUUCUAUGAUUGACACUUGAUACAGCCUAUGGGUGAACGAAGUUUACGUAGCUCUCCAGGGGGAUACGCUGUUUGAGCCGAGUGUCAUCACAACGACUCUGUGACUCUUCCACUGAAUGUGUACAACGCUACUGUGCAAGUGGUGGAGUAAGUACAAUGCUGCUGCGCAAUGUUGGUUUCAGGAAGUGGUGAAAAAACUCUGAAACACAGAGAGCAAUUCGGGUUUAAAUCCUUAUACUGGUGGAAGGCGAAACCAAGUUGUCCAUAGUAUAUACAGUCUAUGGUACAAAGUGUCUCAUUGGAGGAGUAAAGAACAGGGUGAUGAAUACAGAACAAUGGGAAAGAUGUGUCUUUGUCUUUAAUGUCGCUGUGGCUGAAAAGCUCUCUGUCCUUGGUCUAUGAUAGUAGUUUGUACUUCAAUAUAAGUUAAGUAUUAUAUGGUUGUUCUCGUUUGGCUCCAUUUGCUCUUCUUCUUUCUUUUAUGUUAUGAUGAUCAGCCAUUUUGAAAAUCAAUCACUCAAUCAAUCAGUCUUUAUUUAUAUAGUGCCGAUUCACAACAAAUGUUAUCUCCCAACACUUAACAGAAGAGAGCUGGUCUAGGCCAUACUCUCCAUUAUCUUUAGAAAGACCCAACAUCAAGAUGGGAUAAGAUUGAGUCCUAUCUCAUAAGAUCAGUCCCACUCGGAUCCUGACUUUAUCCACACAAGUGAAGCACUUUGCAGCAAUUAGCAAUUUACAGUAGAGAGAAGAAAACUCCUUUUUCACAGGCAGAAACCUCGAGCAGAACCAGACUUAUGUUAGACAGUCAUCUGCUGAGACUGUGUUGGGAUUUAAGAGGGGAUAGAGGGAGAUACGUAAAGAGAGAUGGAUGGAUUGAUCAACUGAAGGAUUAAAACGUUUCUACAAUUAACAUAAGCUUAUAGACAGUGAUAAAAAUGGAGAGACUGAUACAUGUAGUUGAAGUAGCUAGAAAGCAGGUAGCAGGAUGUCUACAGCAGCAAACCAGAGGAACCUGCAGGAUAAGGGAGAUCAGGGACUCCCAGAAAGGUGUGGUUAGUGACUCUAAUGAGACAAGAAAGGGGGUGAAAAGUGUUUCAGUUGCCCUUGUACUUCAAAUUUAAAGCAGCAAAACUAAGAGCUGACCCAAGUCCAAACAAUCCCUUACUACACUUUACUUAAAAGGAAAGAUUCGAGCCUACUCUAAAAGGUAAAGCGGCUAUCUGCCUCCUGGACCUCAACUAGUUGAAAAUUUUGAAAAGCAGUUGUCCAGUCAGCUUUCUUGAUUCAAGAGUCAAAUUUAAUUUUGAGUAACAUCCCAGUAUGAGGUUUUUAGGUGGUCUAAGAAGGGUAAAACAGUUUUGUGCUAAAUAUAAACAAUCUGAGAGUAAGACUAUGAACGGGGCUUUUAUGACUUAAAAUCUGAGCGAAAUCAGAAAUAGAAAGUCAUAAGAAAAAAAAGUUGCCAACAUCACAUUUUAAAGUUUCUUAAUUGUUUGACUGUAAGCACUUUCAACACCUAUCGCUGUAUCCAUGAAAAGUCCCUUCCCAGUUUAUUGUUUUGAAAACUAUUCUGUAUAUCUGAGGAAUCAAGGAGGCGCUCAGCCAACUGCCUCAAGAGGACUUUAAUGACUUUGUUUGUACGCGGGGUUGGACUAAAAGGGGAAAUUGUUCCGACACGGUUGUUUUUUUGUGUGGAGCAUUUUGUGUGACAUGUUCACAUUUGAUAAAAAUGCAUUUCAUUGAUUAAAAUGUAUUUUUCAUGAAAACAUUUAAGAUAAAAAAAAUCUGUAUUUACUCAAACCUCCUCUGAGAAGCCAGAUUUGUUGAAAAAAGCAGUACUUGCUUUGCUGAUCUUAAACUUUACCUCUAAAGAUCCACGGUGGGUGAUGUGCUGUUUGACAAACGCAGGAUGAGGAUAUUCUUUCAAGAUAAAUGUGAACAUAGCUGUUUGGCAACUUAUGUAACUGUAUCAAAAUGAUCAAUCUGUAUCUGGUGAUCAUGUUUGCUUUUGUAGGUCACAUGGAGACGUCAGUACAUUUAUCCUGUUGUGUAACCAGCUGGAAACUCCUCAAAGGGCCAUUAGGCCAAAGUCUGACUUUGAGUCUUACUUGCACAUUGAGCCAUGGCCCUAUUGAAAACUUAAAAUGGGGUUUUGACCGGGUCACACUGCUACCAGGUUUGGUUUGAUGACUCUUUUAUGGGUAUUUACGUUUUGCUACAAAAACAGACAUAUUUCUGAUUGUCUGAUGUUUGCAUAAAAUAUCUUAUAAGGCACCAGCUACACAAUCAAACCUAAAUGUUAAUCCAUUACAGAAAACACCUGGCACUUAAAGUGACAUAGACCAGAAAAUAACUUAUAAUUAGAUCAAAGGAUUGUUUGUACAAAGCUGUAAAUAUAUUUGUUUCUUCUGUAAAGUCUUUGUGUAUUGCCUGAUAUAAUGAUUUUUUGACUCACUUAUGGAGCAAACCUCAAGAAGCUUUUGGAAGCCUCUAGUUUUUGCCACUUGAAAAUGGGCUUUACUUCUUGGGCUUCACUUAUGAGCAGCCAUUUUACCAAGUUAAUUAGACAUUUUCCAUGUUUGGCAUCAUUAUUAAACCUUUACAUAUUUAUUCCAAGAUACAUGGACUGACUUAAAGCGAUACUGCGGCGUAAAUAUAAGUUAUGGUCAAAUACACCGUAACACCGAGUUAGACACCCACUCAAGAGAUGAAAGUUGCCGACUGCUUGCUUCUCUAGUUAUACCAACAUUAGUAACGACCAAACAACAGCAAUACACAGCAGUCUACGUCUCCGCGUGCAAACCUCAACCGCUUGAUUGUGGGGGAGCCCUGGCGAGUCGAUCACUGAAUGCAGCGGGGUGAUGCAGCUCAAGGAAGAACAUUUAUGAUUGUUACUUCAUAGAAAUGUGAUCUGAGUUCUUGUGUGUCUUGUAAGUGCACUGCAGGCACAGUAGUUCUUCUGCCUUAGCAUCUUGGUCUGAUUGCAUUUCCAUGAGGUAAUACUCAUAAAUUUUCCACUGCACUCUGUGAUCGACUCGCCAGGGCUCCCCCACAAACAAGCGGCUGCUGGAGGAGAGUGGGUGAGUUGUGUUUGGUCUCUUUGCUAAAGAAACCAGGCAAAGCUAAACAGAUGUUUGAUGGCUAGUACUACGUGCUGGGACCCUAUAUGUACUGUUGAUGAAGUUAGGAGCUUUUCUGAGAAUUAUUUGUGGCUAUAGAGUGGUUUUUUGGUUAAGUUUGUUUAUGGCUCCUCAGACCGCUCUGUAUUGCUAUCAUGCGAUCACUGAGUAUAGAGUGGUUUUUUGGUUGAGCUUUGCACGCGGAGACAUAGACCGCUGUGUACUGCUAUUGUGGGGUUGUUAGUAAAGUUGGAACAUUCACCUCUCAAGGGGGUGUCUAACUUGGUGUUACAGUGAGUUUGACCAUAACUUAAAUUUAUCCCACAGUAUCCCUUUAAAUAUCCCUUCAUAUAUUGAUAAAUUGUAAGCAAAUUGCACACUUUAAUACCAAGGUGUGUUCUUUAUUCUUUAUUCUUUAUUCAUACGGAUCCCCAUUAGCUGCCACCAAAGUAGCAGCUACUCUUCCUGGGGUCCACAAAUAAAACAAACAAUACGAUACAAAACAAUACAAUACGUAAUUCAAUAAAACAUGUACAGUCUUGCAAAAGGUCAUUCAAGACAAUAAAAGUCCAGUAAAAAGCAAACCACAAACAAAAAAACAAGCAGCAAACAAAUUAAACUAAAAUUUAAAAGUCAGUUAAGAUUGUCAGUUAAGAUUGUUGAUGAGUCUUACACCCCUACUUCUGUCUACAUAGAUUUAGUUUAAUCUCAUCCUUCUUCUCUGAUCAGUCAAACAUACAGCAGCUGUUAUCCUGUUAUCAGAGUGAAGUCAUUUAACAUCCUCUCCAGAAAAGGCUGAAGUUUACAUCUGAAGAAGCAUGACCAAUAAAGGAGUCAUCAUUAAUAUGAUGGCACGGAGGAGUUGUUUGACUUACGCCUGUCUGUGUAUUUAAUGAAAAAUUACAGUGAUGCUAAAUUGGAACGGUCAUUAAAACAGUAACUUAUUAUGCUGUAUGAAGCUUUGAUGUACGGCAAGGCAAGGCUAUUUAUAGAGCUUUGUUCAUUCACAGGGAAAUCAGAGCACCUCAUUCGCAUCAACAGCAUUAAAAGAUGACGUAAUAAAAAAAUAAAAAAUACACUGUCAAGUAAACCAACUCAUUUCCAUUGUCCAGUCGCCUCUUGAAACCUAACACGGUGAUGCAGGACCUGUUUGCACUUGUAUUAACUGUCAUUUUCUCCUUCGUUUUUACUUUUAGUUUCAUUUUAAUAUAAGUGAACCUGACGACUCAAACACUGAAACAAAUAGAUGUUUACCAUAGAGGCAUUUUUAACAGAGUUAGCACUCUUGCACAGUGAUGACGUUGACUUAAAUUGUAUGUUAUUAAGCUCUCUAGUAAAAGUUUGGGCCAGCUCUGCAGCUAUGAUCAGUGGUUUAACGUCUUCUGAGGACACGAGCUCUUGAGCAUGUUUAAAGUUAUGUAAGGUCAUGCAAACACACUUCACUCAUUUUUUCCACAUUAAGCAGCUGUUGGGUUUUUUGUUUCAAACAGAUAACGUCUCUUGGUUCACACCAAAAAAUUCACCUCUCUUUAACUCUCCUUUGGCAGAGAUUGGUAGGUUUCUCACAGCCUGCAAAGAUAAAGGAAAACUUUCUCAACAAGCAGAUACCUCAAGAGGUAGAGCAGGUGUUUUGAGCUCUGACUGUGCCAGUUUUACAGCAAAUCAAAAAAUAUUAAGGACCAAAAGCGCUGUGUCAUUUUAGGAUUCUAGUAAAAUUAUAUGCUCUCAAUUAGAGCUCCUGUGAGGACCUUUGAUUUUGUGUCAGUCUCUGUCCAGCACAUGAAAACACUUUGGAACAGAUGCUGGUUUAGCAGUGUGCUCUUAAUCUGCCAUUAUCUAACUCUGACCUUGUAGCAGCUUAAACAGCCAAUUUCCUUGCUGAAAUUCUUGUUUGCUUUUGUGUGCAGGUCACCCAGAGAAAUGUCAAUAUUAAAUUCAGUCAGUUUCUCUUAAAAACUCCUCACAGAACCUGUAAUUUUAAUCUCUUUCUAUCUAACUGCACAUGUUUUUUAUAGUUAAAGAGCUUUUUAAAAGCUUGUGAAUUACCCAUUUUGGAGGGGAGUUAGAUAUAGAUACUUUUUUACAUGACUGUGUUGAAUUUCUCUUCAGGGUUCAAUAAAGUUCUUCUUCCUCUUCUUUUUUAUUAUGUUUUCUCUUUGUAAUUUUGAUAGACUUGAUUUUUAAGUCGUCACUGUGUGCUGAAAAGUGCUGCUGUUUCCUGCCCCACACUGCAAUGACUUUUUAUUUGAACUUUACUCAAGCAUUAACCUGCAUGAAACUGGUUAUUAAGUGGUCCAUGAACAUCAUAAUUUAAACAGGUGUGGUCACACAAGUAAAUACAUGACUGUGCCUUCAGUAGCUGCACUUAACGCUGUGAAAGUGAACCGAUAUUUAAGCGUUAAUGGGCCUAAGUACUGAGUCAUAAACCUCUUAUUGAUUAAAUGCUGAAUAUAAGAUUAGUCUUAUCCACACAACUUAGAUUUUAAUGCACAUUCACUUUGAGCUUGUUUGUGUUUGGCUUUGUGGUAAAACCAAGUAUGAUCUCACUUGCUACUGUAUGCAAAUACAAUCUAGAUAACAUGUCUCCCUUUUUGUUCAGUUUUAUGUGCUCUGCCCAGCAGUAACUCAACCUUUGCUCCCAUCCUGUUUAAGCCGGAAUGAAUGGUGUUUAUGUUGAGUGCAUGCUGCUGAUAAGCUUGAAAAAUAUGAUUCAUUUUGUCACCGAAGCGAUCAAAAAUAUGAUUUGGCAGUGUAUUUGUAUCCGAUUUUAAAGUGGCAUUUGAUGGAAAGACUAAAUCAGUGAACUAGAAACUACAAGAGCUUUGUAAACAUUGUGACUGCUUUGCUGUCAUAUAGCUUGAUACAGUUUCUUUGAUAGGGCAUAUUCAUACAUCAGUUUGGAUUUCAUUCAUGAAGGUUAACUCUUCAGUACCACAGGGCUGACAGCUGUUUAGAUUGGUCAGUUAGUCAGGAGUUUGGUUAUCGUAGCACUCAGGCUUAUGUAUUUAAUACUAAUAUGACCACCCAACUAAGUGUUUGUCCAGUUAUAUUUGAAACACAUGUAUUUUAAUGGAGAACAACUGGUAAUAUUUCACUAACUCCGAGGUUACCUGUUCACGGUGGCUUGAGCUAACAUGCUAAAAUGGACACAAAAACUAUAAUAUAUAUAGGGGUCAAUACAUUAAUUAAUUAGAACAUUACUUGAUAAUGUUGAUACCAAGUCAAAACAGUUAUCUAGAUGAUCAUCCUUAGGAUUAGUGUUUAUGUACAAAUUCAGAUUUUUCACUGUGUAAUUUUCGAAUGCUAAUUUCUGUACAAAAACAAAUGUAACCAUCUGAAUAAAAUGAGUGAUAAUGUCACACAACUGCAGUCACUAUACAGUUGUAGCAGAUUGAACAUCAUCAUACAGUAUAUGAAUUAUUCCAACUAAAAUUACUUGUUAUUGUGAUCAGAGCUUUGCAUGGACAAGCUCCAGCUUACAUCAGAGUCCUGCUGAAGCCUUAACACUCCAGCAGGACUCUAAGAUCCUCUGAUCAGGGUUUGCUGGUUGUCCCCCAGACCAGACUGCGAACUAAAAGAGACUGUGCAUUUGAGGUUUUUGCCCUGAAACGUUGGAACUCUUUCCCUAGAGAACUAACAACUGUGGACACUGUGGAUACUUUCCAAAAGCGGUUGAAAACCCAUUUGUUUACACUUGGCUUUGUAUGACAAGGACUUUGGCUGCUAGUGUACUUUUUGUUGACGUUUGUGUCUUGUAGUCUCACCCUUUUUAAUUUGGUGACUGUGAAGCACUUUGCGACAACUUUUCUAGAAAGGUGCUGUACAAAUAAAGUUUAUUGUUAUAUUAUUAUGUUUGGGGUGGAGACCGCAAGUUAAUUCAUGAUAUGAUACAGGAUCUGGAAACAAGGUUCAGGAUAAGGACAACAUCAUGUUUUGUCCCAUUUGUUCCACCACAGUCAAUAUAGAAACACUGAUUACGUUAGUCGUGUUUGUGAGCAUGCUACUGUUUGCAAUGUGCUGUCAAAGUACAACAAAGCCCUUUUGAAAGUGCCCUUAUAUCCCCAUUAUGUGGCUAACAGUCAGAGCUGUGUACAAAGUAAAAUUUGAUCCUUUUUAUGCUUCAUGUCAUAUUUUUAAAACCUUGAAAUUUUAUUUUGCCGAACCAAAAUUAAUGACUGAGGGAGUUAGCUCAAAAAACACCAGUGAGAUCUUUUUUUGUGCUACAUGAGGAAAAUCAAGAAAUUAAAGCAUAUUGAACUUUGUGAUGACACAACUGCUUACAUACAGCUGCUUACUUACACAGAAGAUACGAUAAGUUUCACAGUACUGACUAGGGCUGGGUGAUAAAACAGUAAUGGUGUAUAUCGAAAAUUAAUUUCCCUCAAUAAUAAUAUAAAACAUGGUCAAUAUGCUUUUCGAUAGUCGUGUUUUGGUAGACUAUACGAAUAGCCAAUGAAAAGGGGAGUUCUGGGUCCGCUUUGCUCUGAACCAAUCAUGUGCUGAAUUAGAACCAAGUAGCAAACAACUGCUUAGUAGCAGGCUGGAGCUACACACAACCAUAGCACUUUAACACGUGAAGCCGACAGCACUGUCAGUGAGAAAAAAAAGAAAAUGAGUGCUACCCCCGACAGAAAUGCAGAUGAAGGCUCAAAAGAUGAUGACAAAAACGAAAACGCCGGUGUUGUGGAGGUAUUUUGUUUUUUGAGGUCGGACAUGAAGCAGAGUAAUGUGCACUGCAUUAUGUCGAGUACAUGUUCUCGCAAAGUCAGGGAAUACCACAAAUCUUUUUCACCACCUGAGGCAGUGCUACGCGACAGAGCACAUGCAAUGCAAAAUGUUACAAACCCCAAGCGGAGCAAGGAGUCCAUGGCGCCUGUGCAGCCGUAACAGUCAACCAUUCAGUUCGCUUUCUCAAGCGCAACGCCUUGCAUCAAAACGUCGGAGAGACACAAAGACCUCACAGAUGCAGUAGCUUAUUGUAUUGCAAGACAUGCUACCAAUAAGAACUGUUAAAUUUCAUCUAAGAGUAACAGGGAACAUGUAAGAUUGACAAGUGAUUUUUUUAUAUCAUGAUAUAUAUUGAUAUCGACUGAUAUGAAAUAAAUAUAUCGUAAUAAACUUUUUACCAUAUUGCCCAGCCUUAGUACUGAUCCGUGUUGAAGAAAAAUAAAUGAAAGCAGGCCAUUGUGUUUUAUUUUUUUCCCCUACAUCAGUUGUCCAAAGAAAAUGAGAAGAAAGUUAAUCCUCUCUUAUUCUGGAAUAACAUCAUUUUAAAGUUAGGGGGGUGUUAACAGUUGGGUGGUGGUAGCACUAGUGUUGUUUUUACGCAACGCUAAACCACAUCCUGAUAACCCCAAGUUCCCACCGGUGGUUUUUCAUGGUGAAGGAAGGGCGCACAAUUUGACACGUUUCCCGGAAAACACUUCUUCAGUGUAAUCUGUCAUCCACUCUUCGGAGUUUACACUGUCACCACAAUAAUGAAUUCCAGUUCCAGGAUGUUUCAGCCCUGAAAAUAACUUCCUUAAUUUAAUAGUCCUGUUUUGUUUCCAGUUGGUCAGACUUGGACUGUAGUUGACUUCUGUUUGUCUUGCUCUUCCUGCAUCUUCAACAUGACCUCUCUCUUUUUUUGGAUGAUGUCCUCUGUCCUAAAAAAGUCCACUUGUCCACCCCUCCCUGCAUCCACUUGCAAUACUCUUAUGUUUUACCAGUGAGAACACUGACUGUGUCUACAGAAAGAAAACAUUUGCGCGUGUAACAGGCUCAAGAAUUUCAGUCACUUGAUCUCUGGAAACAGAGGAACAGCUUGAACUAAAUGGUAGCAUCAGUGGAACUCUGUGCAGCUUUAUGCAGAGCAUUUCUUCAACAUGAAACCACUUCAUUCAGUGUUUUCACGAGUUCCUCUUAGUUAGCAGAGUUCUCUGGAUAAUUCACAGAAAAACUUCAGCAAUGAACGCUGACGUGAUCCUAACAAAAAAAACUUUGAUCACUGGGUUUGUUGUAUUUGCAGAAGACCUUCACAGAAAACUCAGACCUCAGUGAAAACCCUGAGAAUUAUAACUUAAUAUUAGCCAUUUUACAUACAGUUUGUGAAGUCAUUGCUCUGUGAACAACUGUGCAUUAAUCGAUUGAAAGUAGAUUGCUAACAUUGGCUUUUAGGAGGACAACUACUCUAUGUUCAGUGCGGCUUGUUUGCAUGGUACUCCUGACGUGCAUGUGACCACACUGAAACUGAUACCCUGAAAUCCAGCAGAAAUGUGUGUAUAUAUAAACCUCAUGUGUAGCAUUGUGUGUAACAGUGAUUAAAGCAGACAGGUCCACAGCAGCAGAUCUACAGGAGAGAUCCAGAGGGAGCUGAGGGACUCCCAGUAAAGACGAGUAGUAGUUCAUGUGACAGAGGGAAGACAAUAAAGAAGGAGCACAAGACAAGUCAGUGUCCUAUCACCUGACUUUUUUUUUUAUAGUAUCUGGCUUCUACUUUGGUGCAAAAGAGAUGGCAGGUGUCUCUUCUUGCCAGGUUGGGAGUUAUUGUUUGUGGACUCAAUUUCCUGGAAACAUAUAACAGCAGUGAAGAAAAAGUGGUCUGUGGUCUGUCAAACAAGCUGAAUUAGAUUUGGCUGGCAUGUGGCUGGCAGCUGUUAGGCCUUGUGGAUUUGUGAAUGUUUGUUUUGCCUGUUCAUCCGGUUGCCUUUUCACUAUCCAUUAGUGUGCUCGCUCUUUCUUCAACAUGUUUGUGCAGUUGUUUCAGACUCUCUCUCCUCCUACUCAUGCUUGAAUGCAGUUUUGACAAAGAAGAGACAAACUAUAAAGUUGAAGAUUAAUUCAGCUCAUAGUGUUAGAUUUCUGUUUUUAUGUUUGUGAAAAAUCACCGUCCUGAAUUUUCAACCACACUAAUAAUGAAGUAAAGAUCUGAUCGUGACAGUUCCUCUAGCUAUUGACGACUGGUCCAGUCUGUUUCAUCAUAAAGAACUUACUGUACAACUCUGAAUUCCAUAGCAUUAAGCGUCCAAGAGAGAAAAGAAAAAAAAGUGGGAAUAGUUGCAGUAUGUGGUCAUUGAGUUUGAAUAGUGUGAGGCCCAAGUUACACAGCCAGAGCUGAUGAAUAGGGGAAAUGGGAUGGGUAGAAGAAGGUGGGGCAGGAAAAGAUAAAAAAAAGAGAGUAAAAAUAAACAUAUCCUGAUAAAUUCUGUUUAAUCAUUGUCAAAAAGGAAAUUCUCCUGCGAAUCAGAGAAAGUAGACAGAGCUGAAAGGAAGGGACACAUUUCCACCAGAUACAAAUAAGAUCAUUGAUAAAAUACAUCCUCAUUUCCAGGACAAUGAGCUCUCUGUGUUUGAUUUGAAAAGAAUUCCCGAAAUGGUCAUUCUUGUUGCGGAGGAAAUUGUGGAAGAGAAUUCAAAAUAUCCUGUGAUUGCGAGAAUAUCCGCGGCCUGGCUGUACGUGAAACUUGAGUCUAAGUGCUCCUGUGCGGUGACUUUGGAAGGUUAGGUGGGGGUGGAUGAGCCAUAGAGUCGCCAUUCUUCGCCUCUGUGGUUACAUAAUCAGCUGUGAACUGUUAGGAGAAGGAGGAAGUUGUAGGGAGAAGAAUAAAGGGCAGAACGGGGCACUAAGUUUAAGGAAAAGGAAGGAAAAAAAACAGGACAGUCAUGCAGGGGCUCUAGUUUCUUGAUUCUCAGAGUUCAUAGCUGGGAGGCUAAACGGAAAAAAACAGAGAGGAAAACAAGAUAGAGGAAAAACAGAGGAGGAGAAAGGGGAGUAGAGGAGUGAUAUGGAGAGAAGGGUUCUGGACUCUGUCUCUCUCAACAUUUCUUCUACGUUUCAGCCUCAGUGGACAAGAGGGCAGAGCUGUUGCUCAAACAAACCUCAUCAGAAAGUUCCCUUCAUUUGAAUUUGAGAAACAUUCACCUCCCUAAUGAUUUUCCUGAUGUCAACAAAAUUACAGAUAUUGUACCCAAAUAGGCCUUGGUCUUGAAGAUGGUAAGUCCACUUAUUUAAGCUUUUGUUCUUUUCUCACUCCUACAUCUUAACCUUUCGCCAAGAGGACUCCAGUGAUUCUUUUAAGACCAUCGCUGCAAGUCGGCCACACAGUUCUGUGUACAUUGUCUGAUUCAUGACAUCCACUUGAUCUUGCUUCAGAUUACUUUAGCCCUACUUAAGAUGUGACUAAUAGUUUGCUUGUACUGAACAAUAACACUGAUCACAGAUGUCUCUGAGGCCUCCGAAUCAAUGUUUUUAGCUUCAACACAUUGAAGAUAAUGAUGGUAUUCAUUAUUCAGUUUAUGGUAUUCUGUGAAUUGUCACACUAAUAGGCUGUUUUGGAGCAGUGUUAAAAAUGUUUGCAGCAGUGUCAUGCAGUGGAUCUUAGACUGGUUAGGUCUUGGUCCAAUUGGCCUUUUACAACAAAUCUUGCACAGUGGGAAUUAUCUCCCACUUAACUCAGCAUUGAAAGCUGUAGUGUUGACGUGGAGAGUCCGAACAAGGAAUGCUUUUGUGAGGAUUAGACAGAAGCGCUCGGCCCCCGUAACUGAGUCAUUAAACAGUCUUUUGUUUCCUCCAAACAUGAGCUUUUUCCCCAUGGUUUGGUUCUCAUUGGUUAGGACAGUUGACGGAUAUACUGACAGUAAAGUACAGUUUAAAUCACCCCCCCUUGUGUUUCUGUGAUGACAAGACAACUGUACCCGCUGACCACCAAAACGUGUCCAUCUGUUUUGAUAUCAAGGAGUGCGUUGUACUGAGCUGCUGGUCGGCUGCCAGGUUUGGUGACUAUGUACCCUGCAUUCAUAUGUUAAUCCACAGAACUGCACCACCGAGAAUAACAUAGAUGCAAGCACCUGUCAGUAUGGCUGGGAGGUCAGGGUGCUGUUCCCUGACAACCACAGAGGAAUGUAAACCUAAACAAAACACAGCAACAACUCAGCAAUCUGGAGCUGAAAUAGAUGCUUUGACCUCUGAAAACUCUGAAGAAAAAUCCGUCAAGUUUGAUUGUAUUUCAAACAUAAAAAUACCGAAUAAACACAGGAUGGAACUCCAGAUAUUAACCGGCUGCUGCAAAUUGGUCAAGACCCCAAAACAAUGGGGAUUAACUGAUCCUGCUUAUUUAUAUGACAUCAAUCCACGUAAAGGGGUCUGGCAUAUUUUCAGAGGCAGAUCCAGGGGGGGCCAGGGGGGCAUGGCCAACCCUAAAAUUUGAUUGAUCACCUCAGUUGCCAUCGUGAACUCCUGAGACCAUAAUUGGUUAUUUGCCCAUUAAAAUCGACCUUUUUAGAUGUUUUUGAAUAGGUCAUUUAUAACUCCUUUGCAUUUUAAUAAACAUUUAUUUUGCUGGUACUUAAAAUGUUGACUUCAGACAGACACUUUCUUUUUUAAUUCCUUUUUGAGUUCAAAAUUACGUACAAGAACAGAUCUUUACUUUUGGAUUCUUGCACAUUAAAGUAGAUGUGGUUAGUGAAAAUGGCCCUCCUAGGUUUGCCCUAAUUGUUUACUUCCCCUGGCCACCCCUACAAAAGUCAGUACCCCGCUUUUAAAAAGUCUGUCUUCUCUGUACAUUUCACCUCUGCUUGUUGACACUGUGGGAAAACUUUGAGAAUGUUCUGGAGAGUUAGUGUAAGAAAUGACAAUUACUACAGAUGAGAGAAGCCUGAGGAGCCACUGGAGACAAAACCACUCAUCCUCCCAUUUGGGUCGCAUUCACUUUGUCAAGAUUUUAUUUUGCGUAACCCCCCAUUCACUUUACAUUAAUGUUAACUGUUAUGACCCUGGCCUAGGGGAACCAGGACCGUACAUGAUUAAAGUGCCCCGCUCUUCCCACUCCCAAGAACCAGCCACUGAAGAGUUUUUAGAUUUACAUAAAAGGCAGUUUUAUUUGCUUCGGAGAGGAGCGAUGCCAACGCAACAAACAAACAGCUAAAUCAAAGACCCUAACGUACCUAUAGUAAAAUAAAUGUAAAAAAAAAGACAACAGAUAACCUAACUCCUAACCCAAAAAAAACAGGAGAAAACAGGAUAGAAAACAAAAUGGCUUCUCCCUCCUACAUCUGCCACUAAAUUAAAAUGUUCACAACUUAAAGUCUCUUCCUAUACACAAGCUAAAGAAAAUAUACUUCACAAACGUCUGCAUGGACUGGUGGUUGGAAGUGGCAAGGGCCAGAAGGGGUCAGAUGAUGGCAUCAGGUGCUUUAAAUAGUCCUCAGCCACCAAUCAGCAUGCAGCAACCCAUUCACAGGUGCAACAGCAGCAGCACACACACCUGCAGCUCAUCUCUCACACACAGAGGCUGAUUUCCACUGCAGAGGAGGGGAGGAGAGAGAGAGAGCUGUCAAUCAACAAAAUAAACCAAACGAACUACAUAAAUGACUACAGUCGUAACAUUACUUAUGUAAAUAGUUGUUCAAAUAUUUGUUUUACUCAUACCACAGCAUAAUAGACUAUCACUCUGACUACUACAGAUGUCAAGUAUCAUGCCAAGAGUGACCUCUUACUAAAAGAACCAAUAUCAGUAUUGAUUCUCAGGUAUUUUUGUCCAUUGUCCAGUCUUUAGGUUCCUCGGUUUGCUUAGCUGAUGUAUGUUUCGCUUCUUUUCUUACUAGCUGUUUGCUUGUUACAGUGUCAUCCGUCCAAGUUUGAUCUCUGUGCAUCUGAAAAAUCCAUUUCUGAGAGGAAGAGUACAGGUCAGAAAUUCACAAAGUUGAGCUUAAAGAUGCUGAAAAAGCUCAGGGGAGCUCAGAAAAACGGAGAAGUUCUGAGAUGACUCUGUGAAAUCAUCCUUGUAACCAACCCCCCUUUUUUUAACGCACAUUAAUUCGAUCCAUCAUGGAUUUAAAGGUAUUUAUCAUUGUGGCUCUAAAGUUUAACAAGUUAUCCAAAAAUCCAAUGAAUCACUAAGACACCAACCCUCAGAGCCAAGGAUAAAUUGAUAACGCAGAGAAGUAUCUUUUUUUUUCUCUCAGUAGACAUGCAGGUCUCACUUUGGAAAGCCAGACUGUAUAAAUCCAAACAGAGAAUCCUAAAGAUCUACUUAACUGACUCUUGGACCUGGAAUUUGGACAUAGCUCAUUUUGAGGAAGUGGGCGGCCCUGAAAUAUGCUGCGGCCUAACGGAUACGCCUGUUUAGCUUUGCAAUCAACAGAGGCCUCAUGAGCUUAAGUUAUGUAACACAAACCCACAAAACGCAGAGCCUCUGACUCUGAACCAACUCUGUUCAGAACAAAAACAGGUACACUUGUGCCUCACAGGAGAAGAAGUGGGGCUGAGGGGGGAGGUAUUAUGAAACGCUGUCAGUGGGAUGCUCAUAGUCUGGAGACAAAUAGUCGAAGAGGAAGACGCAAAAUGAUUCUACAACUAAAUAACAGAAAGACACUGAUUGACUCAUUUCACACCAUAACUUCCCCUUUUUCAUUGCAUGGGAAAAAGCUACGUUACUUUUCACAUCUUUUUUCUGCAAGUUUUCCACAAGUAAGGGGCCAGCCCUGCAUAUCACACUAAUUCAGAUUGCUGUGUUGCAGAGGAAAAGGGCAGGAAACCACAGGCACAUGGCAAACACACGGUUGGAGCACAUACACACUCAUAUGCACACACACACACACACACACACACACACAAAAACAGAGGGGACUUCUAAAAGAGGCAGUCAUGAUGUUUCAAUUUAAGCCCUCGCUAUCAAAAGGCUUUGUGUUUGUAAGACAUGGGAAGACAUUUUUAAGUGUCUUCACACACACCAUGGUCAGGAGCAGUUUUAGUGUCAUCAUGAAAAUAAGUAAACCAACUCUUCAUGGAACUUUCUCCUGUCAUUUCAGAGAAGAACUUAGAUCUCUUUAGGAUGCAUUACACAAUGGUAGUGGUUCAGUGUUUCUUACUGGUUUGUAUGUUUAUUUUUUAACAGACAGAAACACAAAUGGGAGACACAGCAUAUACAUACAUUUAGACUGAUUUCCUUAAAAUGCAUUAAAAAUUAAUUAGUUACUAUUGAUAUUUUACUCUACGUUGAUUGAUUCAUAUGCUUUUUUGGACACAUUUUUGCAUGCUUUAUUUUAAUCCUGCCUCUUUCCCUCUCUUUACUCUAUUGUGUGUUUUGAGUUAAGAAAUCUCCAGAAAAUUACGUGGUCCAUUUUGAAACCGUGACCUUGUCUGGUUGUUGUCCAAGUUAUUUCUCAUCUUGAUCUCCCUUCUUUGGCUUAUUGUUAGAGAGGUUAUGUGUACUGAAACAUACUCUACCAUUUUGUGCUUUCAUACCCUUGUAAUAGUCACCUUCUUGUUUAGUUUUUAAUCCACAGGAUCAGUUGCUUCUGAAGUUCUGCUUUACAUUGUAGAGGGAAGUUUGAGGACCACACACACUCCCUUUGUCUGUGUCACAUCGGUUGUAAAAACAGGACCCGCUCGGUGUAAGACUGUCCUGCUGGGUGUUAGCACAGAUGUGAAGUCACUUUCACUUCCUGUGAGUAGCAUGUGAUGUAUGAAGCUGUGAAGCACGGCUGAGAAUUCCAGUUAGAGUAAAUCUUUUUUCUUUUGACCUCCAUUCAGUGGUUUUAAGUUCUGUUUCCGGUGGUUUGAAGAACUUCUUUAGAAGCGCAACCUGCACAUGUUAAAUAGGUCAGAGUUUAACAACAACAAAAGUCCUUUUAGAGUUGAAAAAAAUAUAGUCUGAAAAAGAAUACUGCAAAUACUGUUUUUGUGGUACUUAUCAUGAAAGCUUAGUGUCUAUCCAUGACAAAGCUCUAAUAGAAAGCCUGUAGUUAAAUUUGAUCAAGUUUUAAAAUCAAAGCUGUUUGUGCAGAUAGACUCGAUGUCUUUCACCACUAUGUGGUUUUUACUUAACUGUUUCACUGGGGCAACACAGUUUUUGAUGCAAAGGUCACACAUUGCAGAUGCUUUCACAGUUUCAUAAAUCUAUGCUGAAAAAAGGGGAUAAACUGAUUUGAAAUUUUAUUGUCAAUAUCAAUAAAAACACUGAAAUGAAGCUAACAGGGUGAUGACAGAGUUUUGCAUGGAUGGCUAAAAACGAUGCUAAGUUUGUUAACAAUGAGUCUUUUCUGUAGGUGAUUUGUUCAUUUAUGCAAAAGACCUUAUGGUUUUUCAUAAAAUCAUUUGAGAUUGUUCAUUUUUUACUAAAAAUAGUAUCUACUAACACAAGAUGUGUCACACCUGAACUUAAAAAGUUCUUAAAAAGUUAACUCAAAUGGUUUCAGUGUCACUUUUUUUCUUGUAUUAGAGCCAAAAUCAUAUUUGAAUCAUCAUGUAAUAUCAAAUCUUUCUACCACUGAUCCAGUAUGAUUGUGUCUUGAAUUUUACACGCUUGCACUGUAGUGAAAUGUCAGGGGAAAGACAUUCCACUGAAGGGUCUCCACCACGUGUCUGUAAAAUAUCCUGCAACAUAUUGUUUUGAAAUUCACGUCUUACUCAAGCGGUAUGGACCUACAGAGUUAUGAAAUAAUAGUGGGAGUAAGGUUUCUCUAGAAAAUGUGGGACUUUCCACCACCAGUACUACACAUUGCAUUGAACGCAUCUGGCAUGUUGAUGCAAUCACUCCAACUUCAAGUACUCACCCUGUUAAAGAGACCUUUAACAAGGAACACCAGCUCUGCACUCUGAGGGGCCUGCUGUGAGUGGGGGGAGGGUCAAUCACAUUCAUAUGAGGUAUACAUAUACAACAUGCUAUUUUCAGUCUUUUAAAGGCACACACAUCAGAAAAUUACCUAAAUGACCUAAAUUUGCACAAAUAGCAUUUAUAUUUGAGUUUACUAAAUUAAACUUUGGGUUGUUGAAGGUGAAAACAGAGUCAUUGCAACAGUUUAGUAUCCGUUUUAAUCUGUUAUCUGACUUUCAAAGAAACUUUUGUUCUAAAAUAAUCACAAACAUCAAACUUCCUAAAGUCAACAGAAAGACACUGAUUAAAAACUGAGUGUGAGUAAUUGAUUUUUGAUUUCAACAGCACAAAAAAGCAAACUGGACCAUAGUAAAGAAAAGCAAAUACUGUUAUGAAUCCCGGGUUGAGAACUAUAAUGGUGCUACAGUCUGAAUAUCAUUAGUCCAGUUUAGCACAAACCCUUAGAGCAGGUUUUUGAAUGACCUUCAAGCGUUAGUCAGGAGAAUGUCAUCUUAGCUAUUUGUAGAAGUUAAAAGAAGUUUUAAAAUGUCUGCUUAGGGACUGGAGUAGGUACAUGCACAUUUAGUCACCUAAAGGGUAAAUAAACCCCAAAGUUUCAGCUGACUUGCAUUCACCCCAGACUUUUGUAACAUGCCUUUGGAUAGGUUUGGGAGGGAGGACGAGGGAGACAUGCCAACACACCAGUUAUGGACAGGAUAUCGUGAUCCAGUGGGCCAAAUUCACACGACCAUGUUGAGCAGAAAGCCGUAAAGUCUGAAAUUGCGGUCACAGUCAAGGAAGUAACACACAAACAAUAAAAGUAAAAAUCAAACAACAAGCCAAGUUUUCAGAGAACUCUUCACUAAAUAACCCAAGAGAACAAUCCUCUCUGGAACAUCAGUUAUCUAUCUGCUUUAGUCGCUUAUUCUGCGAAACUCCUCCCAGUUUACUGAGAUGGAUAAUGAAAGUCUUAUAGGGUUUGCUGACAACUUAGACGUGAACCAGAUACAGUACACCACUGUGCACCAGAUCAGCCAAUAGAAAAAUUCAAUUGCAGUAGCUGUGUCUCAGUCUUAGAGGGCAGCCACCAUGCAUAUUUCUCACACAAUAUGAGAAAUUUGAAGUCUGUGUCCUUCAAUAACAAGAUUCAAACCUGAAUCAGUCCACACUUCUGCUAAAUACUACAACUACAAAAAUGGUCUCCAAGUUGGGUUACAUUUCAACAGUUGAACACUGACACCAUUGCUUGUUGAAUCGAUAAUUGACAAAUUGAUAAUACAUGUUUUAUUGUAUUGUUUUGAAAUUGUGGUCGUUUGCAGUGCACACAAACUGUAAUUCAGCCACCUGCCUCUACUGCUCUGCUACUCAGAUGUAAACCAGCACAGAUUACAGAUAAUUUCUUGCACCAUGGCGCAGCAUUGUGUUCUACAGCUACAUUUGUUAGUGUAGAUUAGCUAGAACAGAAUAAACUUCAAGAUUGAAACUAUGAAGCUUCAACCAGAAGAUUCUUAGCUUAGCAAAAGCUAAAAUAUGGGCAAAAUGUUAAGAAGUACAUGGAGCUAAAAGGCUCAAUCCAGCAUGAACACACGGAGCAGGUUUUGAAUCACUUUGAUGCUCCAGACCGUGCAGUUACACAAGAAGCGUGUUGAAAACUACGAUUACGCCACAGCUGGAAGAUCUUUAGCCUUGCUUUCUGCUGCCCUUCAGAUUUAAGAUGGUGGAAAUGUUGUUUCCACAUGUGGCAGCAGUAAACUUUUAUUGUGUAACAUGCAGAGGCUGAGAAACAUUCUUGGAACCAAAUAAAAGAGAUCAAAUGGUGUAACAUCAACUUGUCGACAGGAUAUUGAAAUAAUAAAAAAAUCCAACCUAAGCAUCCUUUGAAAGACGAAGGUCGAAAUAUUAUCCUGCAGAAAUCGUGCAUGGCUGUCAGGGACAGAGCCACGGAUUUUGAAACAGGACACAGAAAGUCGUCUGAGAGCGAACCAGACAGCAGCUUGUAAUCUUGACCAGCUGUACUGGAGCAGACAAGGCUUCUCACGACACCUAGGACAGACACACAGCACAACCAUUCAGAAGUGCACACACACACGUGCAAAACCAAAUACACACAGGGAUUUACUGGGUGGGGGAGUGGAGGUGGCUGUUUGAUUGGUGCAAGCCUGGAGCUGGUGUCAUGUUCAAGGCACAGAACUAUAUGUACUCAGACCUUUGACCUACAGACGGAUCACAGCCCACUGACUUCAUCAAAAUCAACACCAUGUUUUGUUUGGACACCUUGAAAACAGCCACAUUCCUCCUCAAGGAAACAAUGGACCUCAUUCACCAUCUGGUUCUGGGAAGAAUCUGGUUUAGUUUUCAACAAGACCCUGAAUCUCGACGUUUUUUGUUUACUUUGGAUUUGCGGUAAAUGCUGAAUCUAUACAUACUGUGAAUCACACUUCGACACAAUGUCACACACACAUACAGUAAAUGAAAAUGUAUUUGUCUUAUUUUGGAAUGAAUAUAACAGAGUGCGGUCAAGAAAAAUACAUUUACAAAAAUAUCACAUUUGCAGGCAUGUAAACCUGCAAAAAGAUAUCAUCUAACUCUUAAAACACAAGAGACAAAAAAACUUUACGAACUAGUCUGAUUACUAACUAUGCACCAUACUCGUCUGGACCAUCAAAUCAGUGGCCACUUGCAUAGUAAAACUUUCUGCCUUAAUCUUGGUCUCAAAUAUGACAGGUCAUGUUCCUGCCCUGUUAUGGUCUCUUUCCUCAUGUGCAUCAUGUAUUAGCAUUCCUGUGCAGUUUUACCCACUAACUGUAAAACUGUCUGUUUUACUGUAAACGGAAGGAUGUGGUUAGUUGGUGUUAGUGUUCGUAUGAGAAGUGUCCCUGAGUGAGACACUAAACCCAACCUGACCCCGCUGGCUGUGUCCAGUAGUGUGGAAGUGGGAUAAGUGAAUGCACAUCAGUGUAUGGUGUGGUGUGAAUGUGGCAUGUAGGCAUAGUUAUAUUUAGCAGCUGAAUGGUGAGGGGUCAGCCCUCUGGAGUUGGGUGCUAGUAAAGCUUAUUUUGAAAAAUUUGAUAUGAUGUCACCUUAAGUGUUCUCUCACUUAUCAACUUUUCAAAUUCUAUUUCUCCUCAGACCCGUGAGGCCAACCAUACUGGUGACCAGUUGGGAGCUGAGCGGAGCAGCAGGAUGGCCAGGACGCUGAACCACGUUGGUCUGGGAAUUGGUCUCGGGACCAUAAUCCUCUGCAUUGUCUAUGCAGUUGUGGUGGGAGCUCUGGUUUCCCAAUAGAUCUGUUAAACCUGUCUUCUUUUUUAUUCUGCCUACAUUUCUUUCUUGCAUUCACUGGAUUAAAAAAAAUCUGAUCAGGGUCUGAUAAUUACGAGAUAAGGUGUCUGAUUUUUUUCAUAUUAUUUUUUUUGAUCCAGUGGGCUUCAGUACCUUCUAUAUCAAGUAAUCAGACUUUGUCAGGAACAUUAGUAGUAGUCCGGUAGAAUUUUUACCAAAGAUAGUUAAAUCCAUAGACUGUAUAUAGAACAGACGCUGUCUGCCUCCUCGCUGGGUGAAGCCACCGCAAGAACAGCACCAUCUGGUGACAGGCUGCAGUAUAGGUCAUAAAUCCCGCCUCCUCUAGCAGUCCCUAUGGAGCUGUGGACAAACUUUUGAAUUGAUUACACAGAAUAUAAAUUUUUCUCCCCCUGGUUGCAAUGUUGACAUGUAGUUACUAUAAGACUGAUUUGUGCUCAAGUCCUCUUUUUUUCUGUACAGCUCCAUUUUUAAAAGUUAGUUGGAGGUUCAUGUUUUCUAUGAUUGACACUUGAUACAGCCUAUGGGCGUAUGAAGAUUGCGUAGAUCAUCCGAGGGAUACACUGUUUGAGCCGAGCGACUCUCGGCGACUCUCCCGCCCAAUGCGUAAAAUGCUACUGCACAUGUGGUGGUUCCAGGAAAUGGAGAAAAUCACGGAAAUACUGAGAGCUAUUCAGCGUCAAAUUUGUAAAAUGACGGAAGGCGGACCCAAGUUGUCCAUAGUGUAUACAGUCUAUGGUCAUAACCUGUAAGCAGCCUGGAUAACAAAAAGCACCAAAUUUGAAAAACACCCCACCUGCAGGUUUGUUUUUGUUAUUUUUUUAUUUUGUGUUCAAACAGCAGAUUUGAAAACCAGUGAAUUGAUUCCAAGCUCAUCUAAUUUUUUGUUCAGCUCUGCAAUCAAAGGAUUUUUUUAUAUGAUCAUACAACUUGUGUCUUUUUAACAGUGUAGCUUGUUUGUAGAUGUGCACUUGUACUCUUCCAUACUCUAAGAAGUAUCAUACCAUGGUGUGUAAUAUUCUGACAACUUAUCAUUUACUCUUUCUAAAGAAGACAGUGCCUUGCUUAACCACAAACAUAGAAUACACAGUUAACCUGUUUGUAAUGUCAGUGACCUUGAUGUUUGUGGCACACCAGAGCCGUCCUCUUCUUUCUUCAGCUGAACAGGAAUGCUUUUAUUUUGAAAGCAGCUUUCUGUUUUUUGUCACUGGCUCUGGUGUUUUUGUUCCUGAAUGCAUGUUAGCUCUUUUCAUAACCAGAGCUGAAAAAGUCACAUUAAACUGAAUGUCAACUUUCUUUAUAAAUAAAGUACAUUGAAAGAAAAACUA